GGAGGAGGAAUUUUUUAUGUUGCACAUUUAGAAAAAGUUCCGGAGACGGGUAGAUGGCGAUUUAUGUACGUAAGUCUUGAACAAGAAAGACAAACGGCAGAUCAAGCGUUCCAUCAGCUCUUGAGAGAGAUACAAGGUAGCAUUUUACCUGCAAGUCAUCCUGUUCAUCAAUACGUUCAUGGAAUCGCAUCGAGAAUCGUUCGUGCUGCUUCUAUUCAACGUCAACAAGGUAAUAUUAAAGCAAAUCACUUUUCCGAUAGUCUUCAUAGCGGUAUUCAUCAUCCUUCUGAUCCUCAUGAACGCAAACAGGAUGUGAAAUGGCAAGUGUUCGUAAUAAAAGAUGAUACGCCACAAGCAUUCGUUCUUCCAAACGGAAAGAUUUUUAUUCAUACUGGAAUUUUACCCAUUUGCAAAGAUGAAGAUGGUUUAGCAACCGUUUUGGGUCAUGAAGUUGCACAUCAACUCGUUCGACAUGGGGCCGAAAAGAUGUCAAGUGCAUACCUGUAUAUCAUCCUAGGUUUCGCAGUAGAGUCUUUAAUCGGAAUCAAUUUUGGUAUUUCAAGCUCUGCUUUACAAAUUCUUCUUGGGUUACCCAACUCACGUGCAUGCGAAUCAGAAGCUGAUCAUAUCGGUUUACGAUUGAUGAGUGUUGCUUGUUUUGAUCCAACAAAAGCACCAGGUGUUUGGGAAAGAUUUCAAGAAGCAGAAAAAAAACUCUUUGGCGGCGGUUCUUCAGUUUUUACGGAAAUGUUAAGUACUCAUCCAACAAGUGCAAAGCGUUAUACGAAAAUGAAACAAUGGUUACCCGAAGCAGAACAAAUUCGUCAAAAUUCAAAUUGU